CCAAAAUCUACUGGUGAACAUAAAAGUAAGCCUACCCAAGCCAGUGUGAGAGAGUUAAGAGGAUUAGGACUUUCACCAGAUUUAAUUGUUUGUAGGAGUGAAAAUCCCAUUGAUAAAGUUGUCAAAGAAAAAAUUUCAAAUUUCUGCCAUGUACCACCAGAACAAGUUGUGUGCUUACAUGAUGUGAAAUCUGUAUAUCAUGUUCCAAUGUUUAUGGAAGGACAAGGAAUGGUAGAAUUUUUCCAUGAUCGUUUACAGCUACCUCUAAGAACUCUAACUUUAUCUGAAGAAGGUAAAAAUCUUUCUAAAAAAUGGGAAAAACUUGUCCAAAGAAUGGAUCAUCAUAUAAAUGAAGUAAAAAUUGCGUUAGUUGGAAAAUAUACUGGCUUAGAAGAUUCCUAUGCUUCUGUCAUAAAAGCUUUGCAGCACGCAACUUUAGAGUGCAGUGUAAAGUUGAAUUUGAAAUUCAUUGCUGCUGCUGAUCUUGAAAAACCUGAUUGUGAAAGCAGUCCGAAAACAGAUAAUGAUCUUGAAACUCUCACUCAAAAAACCAUGCGAUAUCAUGAAGCUUGGCAAAAUUUAUGCAAAGCUGAUGGAAUUUUAGUUCCUGGAGGAUUUGGUUCUAAUGGGUCUGAAGGAAAAAUGGCAGCAAUCAAAUGGGCCAGAGAAAAUAAAAUUCCAUUUUUAGGGAUAUGUUUGGGUUUUCAAUUAGCUGUUGUGGAAUUUGCUCGCAAUGUAGUAGGGUGGGAGGAUGCAGAUUCAUUUGAAAUUGCUCAAGACAGAUUGAGCAAAAAAGGUCUUAGUCAAGAAAAUAUUGAUAGCGAAUUGCGGAACAAGAAGCAUGUUAUAAUUGAGAUGCCCGAACACCAUACUGGAAUAAUGGGAGGAACAAUGAGACUUGGGAAAAAAGUUACAAUAUUCAAAACAAAUGAUUCAAUUCUAAGAUCCCUAUAUAAGAAAGAUGUCAUUGAAGAACGUCAUAGACAUCGUUAUGAAGUGGAUAAGAAUUAUGUUCCUGAAAUCGAAAAAGGAGGUCUCAAAUUUAUUGCAGAAGAUGAAACUGGUGAACGUUUAGAAAUUUUAGAAUUACAAGAUCAUCCUUAUUUUGUUGCUGUUCAAUUUCAUCCUGAAUAUAUGUCUAGACCUAUGAAACCUUCUCCCCCUUACUUAGGAUUCAUAUUAGCAUCCUGCAAUAAACUAAAAUAUGUUCUUGAAAAAGGUACUAUCCCUCAAUAUGAUUCAAUAUAUUCAGAUGAUGAAUGUGAUAGAAUAGAAAAUAAAAUUGAAGCAAAUGAAUCAUUGCCCACAUCAAUCACAAGUCAUGCAAAAUAGUGUUAGCAGAGAAAUUUAUAAAAAUUCUAUUGAAAUGUACAUAAUUAUGUGCUAAUAAAUAUUUUUUGACAUA